ACACGCGAGCUAAACAGUGGAGGCAGUCACUGUUUACUCCGUAGAUAUCAAUUACGCUCCGCAAGAGGCUGGACGGCGGUCAGUCGACCCAAGUGUCCAGACACCUCCGCACACAACUACCGAGCAACCAUCGAGCAGUGCCAGCGGGGUUUGAUUUCUUUGUUCCCAGACAAUUCAACAGUCUGAUUGGCUCCAACAUAAUAGAGGGACUUUUGUGCUUGUAAUUUGCAGCAAGCAGAAUUUGCAGAGAGGAAACAACAAUUAGUUAAUGUUAAGUAGAAGGCAGAGGUAGAGGUAGGUAAGUAUGCUGUUCUCUCUGUGAAUGUGAAUGUGAAUGUGAAUGCUUAAGUUUAGUUGACUAUGUCUUUGUCUGUUCUCUCUCAGCAGUACCCUGCAUAGUAUAUUCCCUCCCUCCCAUUUGAAAUUUUCUGCUGAUAUUAUAUGCAUUAAACAAGUCCCAUAAUCACAAUACGCGUUUCAACUAAUCAAUGGAACCAACCCACCCUGUCUUCUACUUAACAUUAACUAAUCAUUCACAUUGUUUAAUCAAAUUCCCGAAUCCUCUCCAAGACUACUACUACUCUUCUCUUCUCCCAUCUCUGAUAUCAACCCAUCUGCCAAGUUUUUGUCUUUGUAUUGAUCAUGGGACAAGAAGCUAGGAGACUCGCCGAUGAGUAUGAGGUAGCUGAGAUUUUAGGGAGAGGAGGAUUCUCAGUAGUCAGGAAAGGCAUCAGUAGAAAAGCAGGUACCAGUGCCAAAAACAAUGUUGCCAUCAAAACACUCAAAAGACCAUUUGGGGGCUCUUCCUCUUCCUCUUCCUCAUCCAAAAACUCUUCAUUUAGUCCUGGUUUGAAGCAGGGCUUCCCAGUCCCGACUAGGAAACAAGUCUCUAUAUCUAAUGUUUUGCUCACAAAUGAAAUCUUGGUCAUGAGGAAGAUAGUUGAGAAUGUCUCGCCCCAUCCGAAUGUGAUUGACCUCUAUGAUGUGUAUGAGGAUGAGAAUGGGGUUCACCUUGUGCUGGAGCUUUGUUCUGGUGGCGAACUCUUUGAUAGGAUUGUGAAGCAAGAGAGGUACUCUGAGGCAGGGGCUGCAGCUGUGGUCAGGCAGAUUGCACAGGGCUUAGCUGCUCUGCACAAGUCAGAUAUUGUUCAUAGGGAUUUGAAGCCUGAGAAUUGUCUCUUCUUAAAUAGUAGUGAUGAUUCUCCAUUGAAGAUCAUGGACUUUGGGCUCAGUUCUGUCGAGGAGUUUACUGACCCUGUUGUUGGCUUAUUUGGUUCCAUUGAUUAUGUCUCACCAGAGGCUCUUUCUCAGGGACAAAUCACUUUUAAAAGUGAUAUGUGGGCUCUUGGUGUAAUCUUGUAUAUCCUUCUCUCUGGGUACCCACCUUUUAUUGCUCAGUCGAAUCGGCAGAAGCAGCAGAUGAUAAUGGCCGGAGAAUUCAGCUUUUACGAGAAAACUUGGAAGGGAAUUUCCUUAUCAGCGAAGCAAUUAAUAUCAGACCUCCUCAAAGUUGACCCUGAAAAGAGACCUAGUGCUCAAGAGCUUCUGGACCAUCCAUGGGUUGUAGGUCUUUCAGCCAGAGAGGACCAAAUGGAUGCUGAGAUUGUUUCACGACUGCAGAGUUUUAAUGCUCGACGCAAACUCCGUGCUGCAGCAAUAGCUAGUGUGUGGACAAGCUCCAUUUUCUUGAGGACAAAGAAGCUCAAAUCAUUGCUAGGGUCCCAUGACCUUAAACAGGAGGAAAUCCAGAACCUGAGUUUGCAUUUUAAGAAAAUAUGUGUAAAGGGUGAUAAUGCAACUCUGUCUGAAUUUGUGGAGGUGCUGAAAGCAAUGAAAAUGUCAUCACUGGUCCCUCUAGCACCCCGUAUUUUUUACCUAUUUGACAACAACCGAGAUGGAACAGUAGACAUGCGAGAGAUACUCUGUGGUUUCUCUAGUCUCAAGAAUUCACGAGGAGAUGAUGCUCUCCGCCUGUGCUUCCAGAUGUAUGAUACAGAUCGAUCAGGAUGCAUCAGUAAAGAAGAAGUGGCAUCUAUGCUCAGGGCUUUGCCAGAUGACUGCCUUCCAGCUGAUAUUACAGAACCUGGGAAAUUGGAUGAAAUUUUUGAUCGAAUGGAUGCCAACAGCGACGGAAAAGUUACCUUUGAUGAGUUCAAAGCUGCCAUGCAGAGAGACAGCUCUCUCCAAGAUGUAGUCCUCUCCUCUCUUCGGCCACUAUAGCUAGUCUUCCUAUCAUCAAACUUCCACACUUCUAAUAGUUUUAAAUCUUUCUUAUGUUAAGAGGCAAGGUGGUGAAGAACAAUGACCAAAAAACUGAGAUGUAUUUCAUUGAUAAUAUAUAGGGUCUCUAUAUAUAGAGGAUUACAUGUACAAUCAUCUUUCUUAGUAAGAAAUCCUAUACAUAAAUAGGAGAUCAAUACAAUAUAUUUGAGAUAGGCACAUAAAUAUUAGAUUUC